ACUGGGGAGUAGAGAAAGAUAUUGUCUUGGAGAAAAAUGAAACAAAUGAAUAAUAAUAAUAAGAGAAACAAGAAAAAGGAGAGAGAGGAGAAGAGUGAUAAGGAAAGGGGAUGAUGGAAGAAGGGUUCUCCUAAUCGGAUUCAGUUUCUCAGUGGAGGCUGUCUAUGUACACCUGGAGGCAAAAAGGUUGUGUCCGAGUCAGGAAAGAAAUUCAGAAGAACGACAUGGCGAGAGAGGAGAGCCAGAAAAACCAUGGAAAUGCUUCUGUUACAUUGAGAACUAAUAAAAUUACUCCAGUGUUCUUUGGAGCAACUUUGGUUCUUUGGCUCGGUUCAGUAAUUUUCGAGAUUGUCUUCAAGAGGGUAGAGCUUGUAUAUGUUGUUGCUGGCUGUUGCUUUUACCAGAUGGCGAACUUUGUUAUGCGCUUUGCCGUCUCAAAAGAUCCUCUCACUGUCAACACUAGUGUCUCUUUAUUUCACUCCACCAUUUGUUCAAUUUCAGUAGUUUUCAUUCUGCUUAAUCAGUUGGCCUCAAAGAGUUUUGAGGAGGCUUUUGACCAUUCACAGUUAUUUGGUGGCACAUGGCCUGGUGCCUAUACUGCGUUGUGCUUCUCCUGCGGCUACUUCGCUUAUGAUCAGUGGGAUAUGCUCCAGCACCAUCUCUACAGCGGUUACAUCCCUUCAAUUCUAGUACAUCAUUUCCUUCUGUUGAUUUGUUUUACACUAGCACUUUAUCGGAACGUGACCAUCAACUACCUUAUUCUCACACUCAUCUGCGAGUUGCAUUCAAUUUUUCUGCACGUGAGGAAACUGAGGCGAAUGGCUGGAGUUCGUAACGCCAAGAGCAAAAUAGUGAAAAUGGAGUGGGUUCUGAGUUGGAUGACGUUCUUCCUUGCAAGGCUUGGGUCUCAUAUUCUCAUCACUACCAAGCUUAUUAGAGAUGCAAACAAAUUUGGGAAAGGAGUAGAGCUCCCACUUGCCCUUUUUGGUAUGGCUGGAAUGAACUUGCUUAAUGUCUUCCUCGGCCUUGAUCUUCUUAAAGCUCACAAACGAGAAAUCAAGAAUAGCCAGCAACAAUACCACCGUGAUUGAAAAAAGGAAAGCUUAAAAAGAUUGAAUCGAAAUUCCGUAUACGGAAGAUUGUCAGAGAAGUUAAUUUCAUUGUAGGUGCCAUUAAAAAUGCAGCUGCUUUAUGCCUUUGUUAAAAAUCCUAGUAAGUGUUGACAAAGAUUGAAACAAAAAAAAGGAAAUAUCUUUUGAUUCGCUUAUGAAGAAAAACAAUACAACUUGUGAAUCAGUUAACUUGUACCAGCACCAUCAAAAUUUCCAUUGUCAUAUAAAGCUAAUCUUUCAGCUAAAAUAUUUUUU